CUCUCCCUCCUCUCUCGUGCGCUCUCUCGCUCUCGCUCGCUCUCCCUCCUCUCUCCUGCUCUCUCUGCCUCUGCCUCUUGCUAUAGAGAGAGGGCUCCCACAGCAGUUUCCAGUCAGUGUGGCUCUGUGGCUCUGUGUGUGCGUGUGUGCGCGUGUGUGUGCGCGCAGCUACUUUGUACUGGGAAGAACACACAGCCCAUGUGCUCUGUAUGGAUGUUGGUGAUACUCUCUAUAGCUUGAUUUCCUCCAAGCAGGCAAGAUGUCCAGCACACCACAUGACCCCUUCUAUUCUUCUCCUUUCGGCCCAUUUUAUAGGAGGCACACACCAUACAUGGUGCAACCAGAGUACCGAAUCUAUGAGAUGAACAAGAGGCUGCAGUCUCGCACAGAGGACAGUGACAACCUCUGGUGGGAUGCCUUUGCAACAGAGUUUUUUGAAGACGAUGCCACAUUAACCCUUUCAUUUUGCUUGGAAGACGGACCAAAGCGAUACACGAUUGGAAGGACUCUCAUCCCCCGCUAUUUCAGCACUGUCUUUGAAGGAGGUGUGACAGACCUGUAUUACAUUCUUAAGCAUUCUAAAGAGUCAUACCACAACUCAUCGAUCACAGUGGACUGUGAUCAAUGCACCAUGGUUACCCAGCAUGGAAAACCCAUGUUUACCAAGGUAUGCACGGAAGGGCGUCUGAUUUUGGAGUUUACUUUUGAUGAUCUUAUGAGGAUAAAAACGUGGCACUUUACCAUUAGACAAUACAGAGAAUUAGUCCCACGAAGCAUCCUAGCCAUGCAUGCACAAGACCCUCAGGUGUUGGAGCAGCUCUCCAAAAACAUCACCCGAAUGGGGCUGACUAACUUCACCCUCAACUACCUCAGGUUGUGUGUAAUACUGGAACCAAUGCAAGAACUGAUGUCAAGACAUAAAACUUACAAUCUCAGCCCCCGAGACUGCCUGAAGACAUGCUUGUUUCAGAAAUGGCAGCGCAUGGUAGCGCCACCAGCAGAACCCACGAGGCAGCCAACCACCAAACGGAGAAAAAGGAAAAACUCCACAAGUAGCACUUCCAACAGUAGCGCUGGGAACAAUGCCAACAGCACCAGCAGCAAGAAAAAAACGCCUGCUGCUAACCUGAGCUUGUCAAGUCAGGUACCUGAUGUGAUGGUGGUAGGAGAGCCGACUUUGAUGGGAGGAGAAUUUGGGGAUGAAGACGAAAGGCUUAUCACCAGAUUAGAAAACACACAGUAUGAUGCAGCAAAUGGCAUGGAUGAUGAAGAAGACUUCAACAAUUCACCAGCCUUGGGGAACAACAGCCCAUGGAGCAGCAAGCCACCUGCAAACCAAGAGACCAAAUCGGAAAACCCUACACCACAGGCUUCCCAAUAAGCUAACCUGCCACUAAUCCACUGUUAUGUAUGCUGGUGGCUUGUAAUUACUCUUUCAGAGCAUUUACUUAGGAAACCGGGGUGGGAUGGGGUGGGAAAACUUUCCACACAGAUAUCUAUUUCUAAACUGCAGCUCUCUGUUUGUUUGUUUUUUAAUUGAGAGGAUUGAUUCUGAACAUGCUUCCAGUGUACAUUUCUUGGAGGCCUUCACAUAUGAUACUGAUACUGGCACUGACCUCGAUUCAAAUUAUUGAAAGUGAUCUAGCACCUCAUGGCAAAUUUUUAACAAUAUGUUUUUUGUUAAAUUUCUUUUUCUCAUAUCAGAUGAAGGCCAUAUUGUUAAGAAGUCCUCAGUGCUCAGGAUCUCAUUAAUUAUGCUCAACCUAAUGAUGGAUGACUUUUUAAUAUUGUAAAAUAUUUUCUGCUUUUUGACUUGCACCUAAAAGUUUCUUGUUUCAGAAAGAAAAAAAAAAUCAGCUUUUGGGAAGUAAUUGCAAUGUAACUUUUGUUCUUUUGUUACGUCUUCUCUCAUUGGUUAACCCUUGAAAGGAUCCAGCAGUUUUAGUUUCUAUCAUCACUCAUGCCAAUCAUUAGUCCUUCAGUCAUUUAUAAAAGUACUGAAACAAGAAAUGUCAUUUUUUUUUCAUCAAAGACAUGAGAAAUAUUUUUAUGUGGAGAAAGACACCCAGUCCUAUGAGAGUUUAUGCUUUGUAAAAUUGCUGUUGAUCCAAAUAUUUUCAAGCCAUGUAAUCCAUUGAUUUUUGUGGGCCGUUUAAUAAGAUUGGAAACUUUUGUGUUUUUAUGGUAUCUGAGUUGGCUUUAUUUCCUUUCAUAGUAUAUUUCUUGUAUAAUAUUUUUGUAAAGCCCUCCAAUGUUUUUUUGUCUUUUUCUUUUUUUGGAUCCCAGUGUAUUUAUGUGAAACUUUAUAAGAGAACUAAUUUUUUUCAUUUACAUAUUAAUAUGUUCAGCUACACAUGUAAAGACACAGUGAUUCAGUGUGUUAUAAUACAAUGGUAUUUUAUGUAUGCUUUGCCAAUAAGUGUGCCAAUAAUAAAUUGUGUUAACAACAAAAAGCAAUGUGCUUU